UUUUGAGGAGUUUAGUUAUGCUGGUUUUUACCUUUUUGUAGUUUCUUAGCUUGAUUCAGAAACCUGCUGCUUUGUCAGACGAGUUAUUCAAGGAAAUGACCUGGAGUACCAAAUGUCUACUUGCUUCAACACUCCUUCAACACUUCCUACCCAACCUCAACCACACGCACAGGCACAAACACACAGCAGGUUAUUGCAAACAGUAUAUAGAACAGUAAGUGUUUAAGCUCAUUUAUGCCAACUUACACAAAGUCCUUCUAUAACAUAAGUACUACAGAAAAAAAAAAAAAACAAGGACAGCCACUGAUGAGAAAACAAUAUAAUAUAUAAUAUUGAAGAAACAGUUUGCAGGGUGAGGAAGUUAAAGCGUGUAAUGACCUCAUCUGAGUUACAGAACUGAAGAUCACGCCGAAGAGCGAGGCUCUUGUUUGAGAUCGAGGCAGAGUGUGAAAAAGAUACUGCUCAAGCCAUACCUGAUCUGAGAAGCACCAUGGCCUGUGCCGACAUUGACAUGAACAUCCAUUCUGAUGGGGAGCCGCAGAGACGUGACCGGAGGGAAGCACCUCCACCUCCAACUCCCGUUCCUUCUGUGGUUUAUUGUUACAAGCCUGACGAGUUGGUGCCGGAGAAAAAAGGACCACUCCACAAGCUGCUGCAGAAAGAACCAGCAGUGUUGGGGGCUUUCCAGAUAAUGAGCGGCCUCUUCAGCAUUGGAGUGGGGAUUCUUUCUGCUGCAACCCACAGGAUUGACUUCUGCCUCUUCACUAUGUUCAGACUUUCACAACUGACUGGUGUGCUUUUCCUAGGUGCUGGAGUUUUAUCCAACCUGUUGUUCAAGUUUCCGGCACUGGUGACCGCAUCUUUGGCUGUUAACUGUGGCUGCAUCGUGGUUGGAUCGAUUGCUGCUAUUAUGAUUGCCGUUGACCUGUCUGACUGGAGUCAAGAAAAAAAUGACUUUUUGAAGAUGGAGUUGAUGGAACUGUGUGUGUUGGUGCUUGAAAUGGUCUUCUCUGGAAUCCUCUGCUGCUUGUUCUCCAAAAAAAUGUCGUAGAAAGUUUGUCUAAUAAAACAUUGUGUAUAGAGGACCUUAAGGUGUUUGUGUACAGAACAUGACAGAAAUGGAGCAAAGGGUUUUUUUUUGCAUAUCAAGUAUGCUUUUCUGUUUCAUUUGUAGUGUUUAGUACCUAACACCCCCCCACCAGCCCCCACCCACCCCCCUGUGGUUUGUCUCUGAUGUUCGAUACAGGCAGAGAAUGCAAGAGUUGUGGUGACCAAACGUCAGCUUUUCUAAUGUGAAGGCAAAAACCACUCUUCUUCCUAUUAAACCUCUAUGUCUCUCUCUGCGUAACGGUAGCACAGGGUCUCAGUUCCACUGUGGUUUUGUGCUCAUACCUUUUUAUCGGUGGAAAUGUGUGCUUUUUGUUUUUACCGCAUGCCAUUUUUUAGAGAGGCACUUUUUACUCCUUUACUGAACUAUGAAAAGUUGGUGUGUUAGAGGCAUGCAUUUGAUUAGUCAUUUUGUCAGUCAGAAAGAUACUUAGUAUUAAAUUUCAGGUCAAACUCAACUGUAUCAGAGAAAGUCAAACAACAGCAGUUUAAAAAAGUUUAUUUUUCUGUACAGAUUUGUCAAAACACACGACUGGUGACAACAGAAAUAUGACAUUGUCUGGAUUGGUGUGCUAUUUUUGCUCUGUAAAAUACAUCUACAAUAUAAACACAUAACUAGUUCAUUAAAACAAAUGUACAGGUCUCUGACGUACCAUAAUGACAGUGUAUACAUCAUGUGUCCGUUUUCAAUUUACAGUAUAUUCAUGAAAUGCCACUUGAUGAACGAGUGUUGCUAAUUAAAGUCU